AUGAAACAUCAUAAUAUUGUGAAUUAUUCUCAUCAAACAAGUAAUAACAAGUUAAUUGUUAAGAAACCUCAGGAAACUCACAACGAACAUCUGAUUGACUUAUAUUCUCUUAGAACUUCUGAGAAUUUUACAUAUUUUUAUUGUUAUAAUGUUGCUUGUAAAAUUAACUUCUUCUUACAUGAGCUAGUUUAUUCGGGUCUUUCCUUAGAUAUAGCGCUAGGUACCAGCCUGGUACAUUUACUACGAGAAAUUAUGAAAAAAAAGUCAUCAUCAUCAUCACCAUCAACCAAUCAAUUAGCAGCUAUCAACAAAUCUUUGAUGGUAUCAACCAUGAAAUUUAAAGCUUUUUUGGUUAUAUUCUUAAUUUUGAUUGUCGUGAAGUAUUCUGAUGAAGUAAAGAAUGAUCUGAAGUUAGUGAUUGAUAAAAUGGAAGAGACUCACAAGGAUUAUGUGGUUGACUUCCAGCAGCAGUUAAGAAUUUCAGAUAAUUUCACAUAUUAUUACAGUGUCAAUGCAUCUCCUCUUGUGAAACUUGAGUCUGUUUACUUGAGUUAUUCGAUUGAUCUUGCAAAUUCUAAUGGACAACGCAUCAGCUUAUUAAAAAAGACUACAAUUGACUUGUGCAGCUUCUUCAAAAAUUUAAAAGGAAAUAAAUUGUUGAAUUGGUUUUAUAAGAAGAACACUUCUGGACAACGAAAUCUUCCAACAUCAUGUCCAGUCGAACCAAAUUCAUAUUUCUUAAAAGAUUUUAAACUCGAUGAAAUAAAUUUGUGGAAUGAUUUGAAGUUUGUGAUUGAUAAAAUGGAAGAGACUCACGUGGUUGAUUUCCAGCAGCAGUUCAGAAUUUCAGAUAAUUUCACAUAUUAUUACAGUGUUAAUGCAACUCUUCGUAUGAAACUUGAAUCGGUUUUCUGUAGUGAUUCGAUUGAUCUUGCAAAUUCUAAUGGACAUCGCAUAAGAUUAUUAAAAAGGACUACAAUUGAAAUUGACUUGUGCAGCUUCUUCAAAAAUUCGAAAGGAAAUAAAUUACUAAAUUGCAGAGAUGGGCAAAUGUUCCGUUCAACUCGAUUGACUGACUGA